CCCAGCCUGCACCACUGGGCGGCUGGCGUGGACUGCAGCAGCUCCGCAACGGGCAGCCGGCCGGAGAGCUGGUCGGGAGAAGCGAGCUCGGCAGCGGGGAGAUCGGCUCGGUUCGGCGCGGCGGAGGGGAGGCGAGCCCAGGCGAGCAAAAUGAACGUAGGAGUUGCCCAUAGUGAGGUAAAUCCAAACACCAGGGUGAUGAACAGUCGUGGAAUGUGGCUGACAUAUGCACUUGGAGUUGGUAUGCUUCAUAUUGUUUUGCUCAGCAUUCCCUUCUUCAGUGUUCCUGUUGCAUGGACCUUAACAAAUGUGAUUCACAAUCUGGGAAUGUAUGUAUUCUUACAUGCAGUAAAGGGAACUCCUUUUGAAACACCUGACCAGGGGAAAGCCAGGCUGCUAACACACUGGGAGCAACUGGACUAUGGAGUACAAUUUACAUCCUCACGAAAAUUCUUCACAAUCUCGCCAAUAAUUCUGUAUUUCCUGGCAAGCUUCUAUACCAAGUAUGAUCCAGCACACUUCAUCCUAAACACAGCUUCUCUCUUGAGUGUGCUUAUCCCCAAGUUGCCACAGCUUCAUGGUGUAAGAAUCUUUGGCAUCAACAAAUACUAAUCGGGAGAUGUGAAACUGAAGCAUUCUGACCAAAACCUGCCAUGGCUACUGCUUUUUCUCAGGUGAAGGAAUGGGUAGUCUGCUGUGCCAUUUAUCUAGUAACAUACAAUGAGAUACUUUCACACCUGAGAUCUAAUUGCUACUACUUGGGAUGCUGUUUGGAAGACCAGUAGACUUUUACAGGAAGAUGCUUCUAAGUAUUUAAUGUGAAUGGUAAAUCUUUCAGAGAGAGGUUUUCCGUGAGGAACUGGGCAGGCCCAGCUCUAAAACUUAAUCAGCGCUAAGAGAAUACAUAUGUCCAGCCGACACAAGUGACUUGCAAAGAAGGUGUGAAUAACUUAGUUGAAAUGUAGGAGCAAUUUUCACAAAUCAUCCAGAUAGCCAUAGUAAAAGCAAAGCAAGUUAAUAUGUAAACCCAGAAUCCUCUGUUGAAGAAUGGUGAGGCCUCAUGCUUAGAUUAUGUAAAAGUAGCCAGUUACUGCUUUUGGAUUACAUAUAAAUGGUUCACUUUUGCCAGUUUAAGGGUUGUCUGUCUACUCUAGAUAUUGCCAACAUAGUUGUUUGGUUUUUUUAACCUGGCAGCUGCUGUGAUCUAAUGGAGUACUUUUAUGUCUAUCUGUUCCUUAGUUAACAAAGAUAUCUCCAGUCGUAUAUGUCAACUCAGGGGAUUUCUGCAUCAGCUUGCUAGCCCACUUUUCGUAUACUAAUGAAAUGUGUCAACAUUGUUUUAUUUGUUUUUACUUUCCAGACAGGGCUGCUAAUCUGUUUCGAGAAACUAAAACACAAAAUUUCUAAAAACAGAAAACUUCUCAUGGUGUAGAUUUGGGCAGUCUUCUUUAUUUGACGGGUAGACCAUGUUUUAGUGGUUAAGAGGUCUGUAAUGGCCUUUUUUUUAGAGGACAGGCAGUCCAGUUUUGCAGGUUGCUGGAAUAUCCCACAGAAACCACUUUCUCUAGCUAGUUAAAUCACCAAGUAAAAGCCCAAACUGGUGGUGGGUAAACAGCCAAGCUAUAGAUCUUACCUGUAUGGUCCAGCAGAAGAAAAUGUAGAUGUUUGCCUUUCCUGGAACACCUUGACAAGAAGUUCAAGAAAUCUAAAUUUCAAGGGUGACUCCACUACUGUAUAGUACUGUACUACCCUUGUGGAUAAUCAGCUCUGUGAUUAGAGUGAUGGGUGUUUAUGCUGAGGCCUCAGCAUUUAGUUUUGUGUCUUGAAAAAGAGAUCGUGUAAGAUAUGCGCAGUAACUGCCAAGUGAAAGCAGCUUACCACAUUUUGAACUGGCUUGGAUUGGGGGGGAAGAGGCAUGUGUCAUAAGAACUGUGUCCUUUAAGAGCAUGGCCCUAGUUUAAGCCUUGGCUACAGGGAUUGCACAGGAUGUGUUCAUGCAGCAAAACCAACACCUAUAUAAAGAUUUGCCUUGCAAAAUUCAAUCAAGCGUUUAGCCACUGGUGGGCGUAUUUGUCUCCCUUAUUAGAAGAAUUUUUCUGGCUACUUUGGCUGAUGGAAGAUUGGCUGUAGUUUGUCAGCAAUGAGCUAUGAAACUUCAUAGCAACUGAAUGGCUCGUAUGAACAGAUGAAUCUUCAAGUUAAACUAAUUAUGAACAUAAAGUGAUAACUGGCUACUUUAAAAAAAUCAAGUUUGCUUCAUAGGGCUAUGCUAGCACUCUGAAAGUGUCUUGUUUUUGAAAAUAAUGUUUUAUAUAAAGGAUAAGUGAUAAUGACUUUGAGACUGGGAAUCAUAUCAGCAUUGUACUUUGUACUUUUGUUCAUUUUAGCAAAAAAUUUACAACUGGUGAUGUGCUUUUGUAAAUAGAUCAUUGAUAGGAUUAGUGUUUGAAACACUAUGUAAAACUUGCCUAGAAUUGAAUAGGAAAACCUUUUCAGUAAUUGUGCAACACAUCAUUGUAGUAAGCUUUUUCCUUUUCUCCUCAGAUACUUUUUUUCCCAAUGGCUUACAUGGUUCACAGAAUUUAAAAUAAUAUGCCCUGUGAUGGUUUUAUUUCUUUGUAGUAUAAAACAAGUUGUUCAGAAUACACAUCUGGCUUUAUUAUCUCCUCUGUAAGAACAAAACACUGUUACAUGGUACAUUUUACUCCAGCCAACUAUUCAAUUAAUGAGGAAACAUUAACACACACACUCUACCUCUACCCAUGUAAUUUCUACAGAUAGCAGUUAAGGGUCUUGUCUCUUUGCAUCACAUAUGUUGUAGGGUACAACUGAAUCAUAUAAGCACAUGAAGAAAAUAAAACAACUAGUAUUGAGUCUACUUCCAGAUUAUUAAACCCACUUUAAUGGGGCAGAGUUGUCAAGGAUUAAAAAGCUUCCGUGGGAGCCUUUUUAAUUCAAGUGCCAUCUCAACUCUCAGUCUUUCCAUAUCUAUGCAAAAAAACAAACAAACAUGAAAGUAAGGGACAAGUAUAAUACUGAUUACGUGGAUGGAACUCCGCUGGAAGCUUUUGGCGUAUCAAUAUACAAUAGGGAGAAUUAGUACCUAUAGUUAAGGUUACCCUGCACUCUGUUAUAAGAUUCUUAUUGCAGAUAUAGGCCUUUCCUUUAUAAAACCUUGCAUUUCAGCCUGAAUGGUUGAAGCUUGACAACUUCUGCAACAAACGAGGCAGGGCUCUACAGAAAAUAUCCUCAUUCACUACUCAUACAUGAUUCUUUGUACACUCUCCAUCCUAUGCACUGAAUGAGGCAGACGCAUUGUGGGAAAAAUAGUAUGUGGUGAUGUACUGAGUACUGUAUCAUAAUGGAUAUGUAUAAGGGGGGAAACUAUGAUUGCACAUGAAAUUUUAACACUGAUAUUUCCUAACUUCUGAGUGCUUGACUUUGCAACUUUAACUUUCUUUUAAUGUAUCUUUAAAAUACAGUAAAUCCAUAAAUACAAUGUGCACUAA